AUUGGUGGAUUGCACAAGUUUAGAAAAUCUUCCAAGCAAGAUGCACGCACUCAAACAUUUGGUGAUCGAAAAUUGUCCAAAAAUCAUGGCUCUAAACAUUCCUCAAGGUGACUCGAGCAUCAAUAAUUCGAUUUCUCAACUUGAAUCUCUUAAGAUACAUCAAUAUCAUUCUUCGAUAUCCUUUUCAUUUGCCAAGGGUAGACUUGCUCCUUUGAAGGCACUUCAUAUAGAAAAUUGUGAGGGAGUGGAGUCAUUGGAAGGGAUUGCCGUAGAAUCGCUUGAAACAAUGACAAUUAACAAUUGUCAAAAUCUGAGAAGCUUACCACAAUGCCUUCACACGCUCUCCCAUCUCACUCAAUUGGAUAUUUAUUAUUGUCCAGCACUGGAGAUAGAGGACUUCCCUCCCCUUCCCGUAACCCUCUCGAGUCUUGUUCUUAAGCUUUGUUCUAAGAUAAAGUCUAUUGCCAACUGUAACAUUGCCAACUGUAACAAUCUCACUAAAUUGGUUAUAUGGAAGUGUCCGGUAUUGGAGAUAGAGGACUUCCCACCCCUUCCCAUCACCCUGCAGAGUCUUGAACUUUGGGAUUGUCCGAUGAUAAAGUCCCUGCCAAAUAAGUGGCAUCGUCUUAUGUCCCUCCAAAAGCUAAGAAUUUUCUUUUGCCAAAAUAUCAAAUGCUUCCCCAAAGGAGGUCUGCCUCCCAAAUUGCGAGACCUUGAAAUUACGAGGCUCGCGGCUCUAAAGCAGCCAGUGAGAGAGUGGGGCUUACCCCUGUUCACAUCUCUCGAGAGUCUGACCGUUGCGUUUAACAUGGGAGGGGAGGGAGAGAAGGAGUGGUUUCCUUUGGAGGAUAAGGAUGCUUGGAGUCUCUUUCCUUCCUCUCUAACCUCUCUUUCGAUAUAUGGUUUGAGAAAUACAGAAAGACUAUCGAGCGGUCUCCGCAACCAUCUCUCCUCUCUUCGAUGGUUUUUUAUUAGAGAUUGUCCUAAGUUGAGGUACUUGCCAGAGGAUGGCUUCCCUCCCUCCCUCCAACAAUUGCGCAUAGUUGACUGCAAGAUUCUGAAAGAGCGAUGUGCAAAACUCACUGGUGACUAUUGGCCCCUCAUCGAAGAGAUCCCUGAGGUUCACAUCUGGUGAAUUGAUUCGUGCAUCUACACUACAAUACCAUUAUCAUCUUGCAUUGGCAGAAUCUCUUGGAAGGAUCACGUGCGAACGCUGCUAAGGAGUUCCAGAACAAAAUGUUCGAGCUGACAUGGGUUCCUUUGGAGUAACCGGAAAUCUUGCGAUUCAACCAAUUUGUAUCUUGCCUGUAUAUCUCCUCUCUCUGUGCUGGUGUUGCAUGUAUAAAUCUUUUGUUGAAGCAAUGUUCUUAUGACAUUGUGAAGCUCUAUUAAAAGUUAGAUAAUUUGUAAUCUGAAUUCUGGUUCAUUGUGUACUUUCUCCAAGGCUUUUUGGAUGUUAUUGCACAUAUAACAUGGUGCUUUGACCAUAUAAAUAGGUGGUUAGAAAAGCAAAGUUGCAUUUGCCAAGAUAACUUUCAAGCAACCUCACAUAGUUUUGCUUGACGACCCAUCCUAUCAUUUGGAUUUGGAUGUGGCUGAGGCGCUCAUUCAAGAUCUGGUCUUGUUCCAAGGAUUAAUUUUGAUGGUUGGUCACGGUGAGCAUCUAAUAGCUAGAAGCUUGGAUGAGAUGGACAAACGGAACUGAUAGCAGAGGUUUGAGUAAGCGAAUGUGACAGCUAAAUUCUUAAUGAGCCUGCAGGUGAAAACAUGACGGGGAACGGGAGGGAGGAUCAAUAGCCGUGGCUACCCCCUGGAUGUUUCUUUGAGGACUUGCGUCUGCUAUGAGAUAUUCUGAUUCCAAGAAGAUCGUCAGUUAGCGCCACUCAUGAUUAACUCCUUGAAGUGGGCAAGUCCCACCACUUUUACCCCCAUCGAGGUGCUGAAGGUUCAGAACCAUUCACUCGUGACAAGAUACACGCACUACCAUUGCAAAUGGUUUCAAUCUCAUGAGCUCACAUGUUGAAGAUAUACCUUGAAUUCAGGUAAAUGAAGGGAAUUUGAUCCAAAAAGGAAAUGUGCUACUAUGGCUUCCUUGAUAUACAAUUUUGAGGAAUACUGUUACAUGAGUUCUAUUAUUGGACACUUCUGUUACAUUAUAAAGUUGUUGCCUGCUAUAUGAGGUUUUUGCCAUGACAAUCAUUUCCAUGUUGAGGAGCGAAACUGUUUUUCUACUUCUUCAUCGUCAGACCCGGCUUGAGACACUGUCUCACGAACUACUUUUAGCAGAGACUUUUGAUCUGGAGCUGCUGCGAAUUGAGCUUGAUGUUGACAUUUGUGGAGGAAAAAUUGAGGUUGUCCUGGUAGUCUGUGGCUUUGGCCAAGUAGGAUCUGCAGCGAAACAUACCUGCUUCUUCAUUUGCGAAUUGAGUGGCGAAUUUUACCCACCAUUUAAUUUUUUAGUUGUCUUUCGAGAAUAGGACACUCACGGUCGACUGGACGAGGUCUAACAUGCGAACAAUUAUUUUCAGGUCUGAUAAUAUCUGACAUGUAAAGAUGAAGAGGUUCUUGAAGAGGCUUAAUUGUUACCGAAAAUCAUUUCUCCGUGUAUGGAGCUUGAUUCUUCUUUUUUAGAGACUUGACAUUUUUGGCUCGGUAUUUUAUUAGGAUCCUUGACAUUGG